CAAUGCCAUGCUUUUAAAGAGCAUGGUUGAUCUCACUUCCCUCACUAAAUUGAGAAUAAGGGAAAUUGCAGAAUUGACUCGCUUGCCCAAGAGUUUUACACAGUCCUUGACAGCACUUGAGACUUUGUAUAUUGAACAGUGCAAUGAUCUUACUUGUUUGUGGGAGGAAAGGAGAGAAAUAGAACAAGGCCUUUUGCCUUUCAAUCUUAAACAUCUUAGUCUUGAGAGAUGUGGAGCUUUGGAGUCAUUGCCUGAUGCAAUGAUGAUGAGGAUGGUUGGAAGCAAUAGCAGCAACACUAGCAUGCUGAUGUUGAGACUAGAAAAGUUGGAAAUUUAUGAUUGUGAUUCUCUCAAGUCUUUUCCAAGACGCAAAUUACCCAUCAUGCUUAAAUACUUGAGAAUGGUAGACUAUAUGGGUCUAGAGUCUCUACCAGAUGCGGAUGGCGACAAUAAUAGCAAUCUACAUUUAGAAAUAAGGAAUGUUCCAUGUUUGUAUUCUUCUGAGGGUUGUCAUCAACCACCAGCUUUUGUCAAGAAAUUUACAGUUACUGAUGGUGGCAAGUGGCUAGAAUCAUUUCCAGAGAGAAUGCUGCAACAUUGCACGAGACUCCAAGCCAUUGAUAUUCACCAUUGUAAAAUGUUGAAAAAUUUACCUGCCCUUGAUUGUGUCAGCAGUCUCCUUGACUUACCUAUUUUCGACUGUGAAGCUUUAGAGUCCUUACCAGAAGAGUUGGGGUUAUGCACCCCCAAUCUUAAGUCUUUGAGAAUACGACGAUGUGAGAAUUUCAAAUCCCUCCCAAAUACCAUGUACCAGCUAAAAUCUCUUCAACAGCUAUGCAUUGCAGACUGCCUCAGUAUCGAGUUCAUUCCAGAAAAGGGUUUGCCCCCAAAUUUAACAGAUCUUCAAUUAGAGGACUGUGGAGCUUUGACAAUGGGCCUCCAAAACCUUACAUCUCUUCGAUGGUUGGCAAUUGAGCAAAAAUUCCCUCUGGAUAUUGUGCUGCCUUCUUCUUUAACCUCUCUUCAGAUCUGGAAUGAAGAAAAUUUAAAAUCCAUACCUUGGAGGCUCUUCCAAAACCUAAGCUCCUUUGAAACGUUAUGGAUCUCCAACUGCCAGAAGCUACAAUCUUUGCCAAGGGAAGCCUUCCCUCCCUCGCUUGGACAACUAUGCAUCAGCGAGGGUCCGCAUCUAAAACGACAGCACUUUGAGGCAAAAGGAGACUACUGGACUCUCACCUGGAGCAUUCCUUGCGUUUUGAUAGAUGAGGAUGAGCUGGAUGCUUUGAUAUUAAUGCUUCCUUUCAUGCAAGAGGUGAAGCUUCUGGUAUUUGCUUUAACUGCUGCUUUACUUAACAAUGGAUGGACUUGCAACGUAGCUUCAAGAUCUAACUCAAUGAAAAAUGGUGGUGCUCACAAAAUCUGUCAUAGACUCAUAGUUGCAGCUACAACCGUCUACCCUCCAAAGAAUGCUCUCUCUGGACAAUUCAAGGAUAUUUAUGAAAGUGGAUGGAGUAAUGCUUCGAGGCAGCAUUACGUGAAAAUCAUUUCAAGGAUUCCUUUGUUGUAUAUAUCCUUCCAUGUGGUGUUGAGAGAAGUCUUCAUGAACUCACACAUGAACUACAUGGGGCUUGGAUUUUGAAAUAUAUCAAGUCAGGGGAGCUUUAAAUAAUGGCUAGUUGCUGGUUUUGAUCAUCAUUGCAAAAACAGUAGAGAGACGGUGAGGGUGAGUUGCGACAGCAGCAAGUAAGCUCAGUAGAUUAGUUAGUUCUGCCAGAUGAUCAACAGUGAUUUGGUCUCCAGUUCUUCUUGGAACACACUGAGCACACUUGGUGAGAUUUAUCCCAAUUUGAUGGGAGAUUUUGACUUCCAGCUUUAUUAUGGUGAUGACUAUGACAUUAGUGAUCCAAGAAUUUAUUCUUGAUGAUUUAUUGUUGUGUACAACCUCUGUUGUUUCCUAAAGUAGAAGAAACUUUGUUGUUGAGUUUGAUUAUUUUCCGUUUAAUUGGGUACAGAGAGAAGAAGAAUACUUGUUGAGUGUGGUAUUUGGUAAGCCUCUUUGGAACAGUGUAUUAUACAUAGAUUGGUUUUUU